AUGAGAAGUUUUGUUUUACUUUUUUUAUUAGCAACGAUUGUUUCUGCUGAUGUGUAUACAGCUAAAACCAAAACAGGAAAAUAUUGCAUUGUUUUGGAGGCAAAUAUUACUGGGACUGUAACUUAUAAUAAAAAAGAGAGUGGAACAAGUUUGCAGAGUUAUGAUUUUACUGUCCCACAUACUGCAAAAUCUCAUGGAAACUGUGCAGCAGAAAAUGGAACUCAAGUUUUGAAUAUUGAUUUUACUCCAGAAGUAAAUGCCACUGGAAUAUGGCAUAUUUCAUUAAUUUUUGAUAUAGAUUCAAAUGUUGGAAAAGAACAUUCAUUUAAACUUCAAAAAUAUUAUCUUUAUGCAAACUUUAGUGAUGACACAAUAUUUAAUUCUACAGAACCAUUAAAAAAAUUUAAACAAGAAGGAAAAGUAUUUGAAUGGAAUGCUUCUGGUGGAAAUACAGCAUUUAUGUGUUCCACAAAUACUUUAGGCUUCACAGAGAAUGCUAAACUUACAUUUAAAAAUUUAAAAGUUGUUGCUGAAGAGGAACUUGAUAGACCAUACUUUGCAAAUGGCACUAAAUAUGAAUUAUGUUUUAAUGAUUCAAAGACAUCAGAUGUUGUACCAAUUGUUGUUGGAGCCUGUUUAACUGGUUUAGUUAUUGCUGUUCUUAUUGCUUAUCUUAUUGGAAGACAACGCGCCAAAAGACAAGGAUAUGCUUCAGUUUAA